AUGUCGCUCAGGGAAGAAUCCUCGACAGCACACGCGCCGGCGAAGACCGUCCUGAGAGGGGCGGCGAUCUCCGGCUCACUGCGCAGGGCGUCGGCCAACACCGGCCUCAUCCGUGCUGGCCUGCAGAUCGACCACGUCGACAUCUCCGACCUGCCGCUGCUCAACACCGACCUGGAGGCCGCCGCCGGCGCGUUCCCGCUGGCCGUCGAGGCGUUCCGCGACAAGGUCCGCGGCGCCGACUGCUUCCUCUUCGCCUCCCCCGAGUACAACUACUCCAUUUCAGGCCCGCUGAAGAACGCGCUGGACUGGGCAUCGCGGCCGCCGAACCGCUGGGGGGACAGGGCCGCCGCGAUCCUGAGCGCGUCGGGCGGCUCCGGCGGCGACCGGUCGCAGUACCACAUCCGGCAUGUCGGGGUGGCUCUCGGCAUCCACUUCGUCAUCAAACCGGAGGUGUUCACCAAGGCUCAUCAGCUGCCGAGGAAGUUCGACGACGACGGCAACCUGGUCGACCCGGAGACGAGGGAGCAGGUCAGGAAGCUGCUCCUGGCGCUGCAGGCGUUCGCGCUCAAGCUCCAGGGGAAGUCCGCAGACUCUGAAUAG